GCAGACGGGGCGGCGCGCUUCGCGAGGCUUCGCCGGGACUUCCGAGAGGAGUCAGGAUCGCUAGGCCCAAGCCUGGCGCGGCCCCCAGUUCCUCCUCGCCCGAGGGAGGCAGCCAGCUUCCCGCAGGAGGCGGGGAGACGGGCCUGGAGAAAGGCGGCUGCGAGGAGGAGCGGGCCGGACCCGAAGUAGCUGCCAUGCAGCAGCCCGAACGCGGCGGCGGCGGCGGCGGCAGGCCCCAACGGGGAGGCGGCGGCCGGCAACCCCAUCGUCGGCGGCCGGGCGGUCGCGAGAGGCCGGCGGAAGGCGCCGGAGGCAGCGGCAGCAGCGAGGCCGGUCCCGGCCGAGGAGGCGGGAGCCGGGGGAGAGGCGGGGGGAGAGGAAGAGGCAGGCGGGACGCUCGCGGCAAAGGGCCCGCCGCGCCUGCCUCCGCCCCUCCCGGUUAUGAAUCGGCCUCGGCUGAUCUUGAGUCACAAGAAGAGGAAAAAGAAGAACAAGGAUGUUAUUCAAGAAGAAAAGUAGUUUCCAACUGGCACCGUUAUGAAGAUACUGAGAAAGAAACACAAAAUGACAAUGGUGAAUCACAGCGUGGGACAGACUUCAGUGUUUUGCUUAGCUCAGCAGGGGAUUCCUUUACCCAGUUCAGAUUUGCUGAAGAAAAGGAGUGGAUUGCAGAAAACCUUUGUCCGAAACAGUUGUCUGGGUUGUAUGUUGACUGCCAGUCUUUGGUCCAGGCACUUGAAGAGCUGCCUCUGCAUCUCAAACUGAAUGUGGCUAAAGAGCUGGUACAGGAUGCAACACCUGCCAUACUCCCCCAGAUUAAAUUGAAAAGCAGUGAAGUCCCCAAGAAAAGUGCUCCAUUACAGCAGACCAUGGGGCAAAAUAGAGUUGCAUCAAACUCGUAUCCUUCUGCAGACUCUGUUGGCCACCUGUCGCUGCCAAAUAAAGAUGGAUUUGGUUCGUCUUCAGAAGCCCUCCAGAAAAGCUCUUCAGUUACACACCAAGAGGAUCACUUGGAUGACGACCUUGAUCAACUCCUGAAGUUGGAUGCCCCUAUUCAUCCUGAAAACUUUGAACUGGAAACAAUAUCCCAUGAUAGAUUAUCUGGGGAUGAUUUGAAAAUGCCUCAUGAAGUAAAUGACCUUUUAGAACUGGAUGGAACUGAACAAAUUUGCUCAGCAUCUCAACAGCAGGAAACAACAUCCAAAAAUAUUUCCGAUGAGGACCUUGAAGACUGGUUAGACAGCAUGAUCUCCUAAGGCUACAUUUUGGUUGGCACGCAAGUAAACUGAAAAAUUGACAUGACAGUAGCUGGUAUUAGAAUAAUUGCUUACAAGUAUUUAAUUAAGUAGCAACUUCACCUUGAUUUUUAAUUAUGCUACAUGUCCAACUUUUGUUAUUUCUUAGUGUCAAAUAUGCUGGACACCUUGCAGAGAAUUCUCUGUAUUACACUGCCUGAAGAAAUAUAAUGACAUUCUCUUGAAAUGCUUGUAAAUUAAAAAUGUUGCACAGAUGGUUUAAAAUAAUUCAGAUAACAGCAGGACAAUUUCGGCUUCUGCUGUAGAAGAACUUCUCGCUUAAAGCUGCAAAAUAAACAGUGCUGUGCAAACUGUAUGUUGUAGUUGUGGUGUGACUUUAGUUUGUUCAUAAAAAAGUGACAAAAAUUAAGAUUGGUUUUGUAAAUUCUUUAUUGCAGUGGGCACGUUUUAUUCAAAGGAAAUAUGCAAAAACAUAGCAACUUAACUACUUAGUUGACCAUAAAGCAUUUUUAUUUGACCUAAAAUUUAAUUGUGUAAGAUCGUGAGACAGUAUAUUUUUUACCAUCUGCAUCUAAUACGCUGUUAUUGGAACAAAUAUAUGACUCACCUUCAAGUAUUUCAUACAGUAAGACAGGGAAGCAACACAACCAGUUAACAAAAAUGUCCAUCUAAAAUGCCACCUAAAAAAAAAACUUUUGCAUAGCUAUGUCUGCAAAUAUUUAAGGCACUUUAAUUAGGAUUUUAUAGACAGUAAAAUAUUUGAAAGUUUUAAGCACUGAAGGAUUCAAAACUUUCUUUCUGGAUCUUAGUGGCAUGGGGGAGUCGGAAAUAAAGCUGCUUGAAAUAUUGUUAGGAUCCUAAUAUGAGCCAGUAAUUGAGGCCUUGUCAUCUGACAUUCAAGUUCUUAGGUUGCAGAUGUUGUGCAUGUAACAAACAAUGCUGUAGCCCUUUCAACUAAACUAUUUUUAUUACCUAAGGAGUUGGGUUAAUAACAAAUAAUAACUUGUGAACUAGAAUACUGUAAUUUGAAAGUUUAAUUAUAUUUCUUUGUACUUCUCCAGUAAGAAAGCUGAAAUCCAGACAAUAUAAGGCCUGGUUCUGCCAGGUGCAAAAAGCCCAGCUGGAUCUUUGUAAAAUUAAACUAGUUUUGUUGUAUCGAAAGAUUAAACAUACAUAAUACUUAUAUUA